CGCCGAGCGGGCCGCGCGGCGGGGCGCGGGGAGCGGCGGCAGCGGAGCCGGAGCAACAUGGCGCCGGUGGGCGGGGGCGGGCGCCCGGGCGGCGGGCCGGCCCGAGGGCGCCUCCUCCUGGCGGCGCUGGUGCUGCCGGCGCUGCUGUGGGCGCGGGGGGCCCGGGGUCAGGGCAGCCCCCAGCCGGGCACGGUCCUGGGCAUGAGGCUGGCGAGCUGCAACAAGUCGUGUGGGAUGAACCCGGAUGGCAUCAUCUUCGUGUCCGAGGGCAGCACGGUGAACCUGAGGCUGUACGGCCAGCGUCUGGGCGAUAUCUCCAGCAACCUGAUCUCCUUCACCGAAGUGGACGACGCCAGCACCGUCCACAACUCCUCCAACUGCCUCGAGCUCACCAAGGACCUGGUCGUCCAGCAGCUGGUCAACGUGAGCCGCGGGAACACGUCCGGGAUGCUGGUGGUGUUCACCAAGUUCCUCCGGAGGAGCGAGAACAUGAAGCUUUAUGCGCUGUGCACCCGGACCCGGGUCGACGGGCCUUGGCUCAAGUGGACAGACAAGGACUCGCUGCUCUUCAUGGUGGAGGAGGCUGGGAGGUUCCUGCCGCUCUGGCUGCACAUCCUCCUCGUUUUGGUGCUGCUGGUGCUGUCGGGCAUAUUUUCUGGCCUGAACCUGGGGCUUAUGGCCCUGGACCCCAUGGAGCUGCGCAUCGUGCAGAACUGUGGCUCGGAGAAGGAGAAGAGGUAUGCCCGCAAGAUAGAGCCCAUUCGGCGCAAGGGCAACUACUUGCUGUGCUCCCUGCUCCUGGGGAACGUGCUGGUCAACACCUCCCUCACCAUCCUCCUGGACAACCUCAUCGGGUCAGGCAUCAUGGCUGUGGCCUCCUCUACCAUUGGUAUUGUCAUUUUUGGGGAGAUCUUACCUCAGGCCCUGUGCUCCCGACAUGGGCUGGCAGUGGGUGCCAAUACCAUCGUUCUCACCAAAUUCUUUAUGCUGCUCACCUUCCCCCUCAGUUUCCCCAUCAGCAAACUCCUGGACUUUUUCCUGGGCCAGGAGAUUCGCACUGUUUACAAUCGGGAGAAACUGAUGGAGAUGUUGAAGGUGACAGAGCCCUAUAAUGACCUCGUGAAAGAGGAGCUAAAUAUGAUCCAGGGUGCCCUGGAACUGCGGACCAAAACGGUGGAGGAUAUCAUGACCCAGCUCCAAGACUGCUUUAUGAUCCGCAGUGAUGCCAUCCUGGACUUCAACACGAUGUCGGAGAUCAUGGAAAGCGGCUACACUCGCAUCCCUGUGUUUGAAGAUGAGCAGUCCAACAUUGUAGAUAUCCUCUACGUCAAAGACUUGGCCUUCGUGGACCCCGAUGACUGCACCCCCCUCAAGACCAUCACCCGCUUCUACAACCACCCGGUACAUUUUGUCUUCCAUGACACCAAGCUGGACGCCAUGCUGGAGGAGUUCAAGAAGGGGAAGUCCCACCUGGCCAUCGUGCAGAAGGUGAACAACGAGGGCGAGGGCGACCCCUUCUACGAGGUGCUGGGCCUGGUCACCCUGGAGGACGUCAUCGAGGAGAUCAUCAAGUCCGAGAUCCUGGACGAAUCGGACACGUACACUGACAACCGAAGCCGGAAACGGGUGUCUGCGAAGAACAAGCGCGACUUCUCGGCCUUCAAGGACGCUGAUAACGAACUCAAAGUGAAGAUCUCACCCCAGCUGCUUCUGGCUGCCCAUCGCUUCCUGGCCACAGAGGUGCCGCAGUUCAGCCCCUCUCUGAUAUCAGAGAAGAUUCUGCUGCGGUUGCUCAAGUAUCCAGACGUCAUUCAGGAACUCAAGUUUGACGAGCACAACAAGCACUCGGCGCGCCAUUACCUGUACACCCGGAACAAGCCGGCCGACUACUUCAUCCUCAUCCUGCAGGGGAAGGUGGAGGUGGAGGCAGGCAAGGAGAACAUGAAGUUCGAGACGGGCGCCUUCUCUUUCUAUGGGACCAUGGCCCUGUCCUGGGUUCCCUCUGUUCCUUCCACCCAGGCCGGGUGUCCGCCUGGCAAGCGGAACUCGCUGCUGUCCUGGCUCUCAGACCGCUCCCCAUCGCACGCCAUGCCCCUCAGCCGCUCAGCCUCCCUCAGUUACCCUGAACGCAGCACAGAUGCGUCCACCACGUCCACCCUGGGAACUGGCAGCAACCAGUUUGGCAGCUCCAUCCUGGGCCAGUACAUCUCGGACUUCAGUGUCCGGGCGCUCAUGGACCUGCAGUACAUUAAGAUCACGAGGCAGCAGUACCAGAACGGGCUGCUGGCGUCCCGCAUGGAGAACGGGCCUCAGUUUCCCAUGGACGGGUGCACCACCUGCACCGAGAACUCGGCCGAGAAGCCCGAGAAGCCCGAGCUGCCCGUGGUGGACGAGACCACGACUCUGCUCAACGAGCGCAACUCCUUGCUGCACAGAGCCUCCCCCGACAACGCCGUCUGACAGCAGGGCCCGGGGCCCCGCCCGCCCCGCGGGGCCUCCCCAGUGGGCCACACGAGAGAGGGAGCCUUUAGGCCAGGGGUGCGGAUUGCCUGUUGACCGAGCAGCCAGGCGUCCCGCCCGUAGGGAUCCGACUGCUGACUGGGACCUCUGAACAGCUCUGAGGUGGCGGCUGCCCAGCCCUGGACUGGUGGGCAGUGGGCCAGCCACCUGAGCAAAGGCUGUUUUUUACUGAGGAUUUCUAAACUAGGCUCAUUGCUCCUUUUUUUAAAAUAUCAUUUUGGGAAGGGAAGACAGGGUUAAGGAACUUUAUGUUUAAAAAAAAAAUGUUUUUUCAAAAAAAAAAAAAAAAAAAGAAACUUUAGAAGGGGAAGGGUCCCCACCCUGGAAGCAAUAGCCAUAAUCUUCUCCCAGCCGCGACCUUCCAGCAUAAGCCCCUGCCUCAGGGAGCCCACCCUCUCCUGCAGGGUGGGGGCCAGCGCCUGCAGGAGGAGGUGGCUGGUGCAAGGACAGCUCUUCAGAAGCAAGGAACCAAGGCCUGAGGUCAGCUGCCUGAACAGUGCACACCUGGGGCUGACCGUGUCUGGGAACUUGACCAGGGGACAUGAUGGCCCUGGCCAUGGAGAGGAACCCGUCUCCUGUCACUGCUGGACCCAGGAACCUCUCAGAAAUUCUGUGGACGGGCUCUCCCGGUGAGUCAGGGCUAGCUGAGGACUCUCCUCCCACCUCCCGUCUCUCCUUUCCAAGAACCCCCACCUUGUAAUGGGGCCGAGGCGCCCUGCUCCCCAGGCCUGUCCCCACCUUUACCAAAGGUUCCCCCUUGGGGGGCAGGGCAUCUGUGCCAGGGAUUGCCUGUCGGGGUGCUCCUCUUGGAUCUGGGGGCGAAUGCGGCCGCAGGCUUCCGUGUUGUAGCAGUGUGACCACUCCUCCCGCCCUCCAGAGGAGCCGCGGCACAGCUGACCCGGGAGGCCAUCCUCCCAGGCUCCCUGCUCCUCUCCAAGCCCGUCCCUCUUGGGGGCUGGGCACAAGAGAACAUGUUGAAGCCAGCAGGACGGCUCUUCACGCCCUUCCCUGUGGCUGACUGAGGCUCACCUGACCGUGUUGGCUCCCUGUGGGACCCCAUAAGUGGGGUCACUGGGGAGGGGCUCUGGGGAGAGCAGGGGUGUAUCCCCAUCUCCUCGUGCUGUGUGGGCUCGGGCGCUUGCGCUGAAGCUGGUACUGGGUGGGAGCCUCACACGCCACGGGAAGUCCCACCCAGAGCCCAUUCGUCAGGCUGUCGCGCCUGCUCCAGAGCUCCUGGCUGCCACCGUGGGGAAACUGGGACCAAGGGCCUCGUCAGCCCUUCUGUCAGGAGGCACAGGAGCCGGGGCACCAGAUCCAGGUGGAAAGCUGCCGGCCUUUUGCCUGAGUGGCGUUUAUUCCCUCCUUUCCUCAGCCAGGGCAGGCCUGUCACCAAAAGUGCUCUGCUCUCCAGGCACCUAGAGAACCCUAGCUCCCGGGACCAGGGAGUCCCUGCACCAGGAACGCCUGCCCCAGCCCAUCCGAGGCCUCCCGGGCGCAGGGUUUACUCCUGAAGUCCGGGGAGGGUGCAGAUGCCUGCAGGCUCUCAAGCAGAAGGGAAGGGGGCAGCGGCGCUCUGAUCCCUUGGGGAGCCCUUCGUGUUCUACAGAAGCAGCUUGGCUCCGAGCCCUGCAGGAGCUGGCAGGCUCGUUCCUGAGCCCGGAGUCCAGGUAGAGCAGAGCGCCGGCCCAACCUGGCGGAGCAGGCACGCACACUUCCACAGCUACCUCUUUGCACACAGUUGCUCCCAACAGGUGGCCCCCGCCCCUUUCUAAUCACUCCCUGAAGAGGGUCAUGAUCGUUCCCAGAUGUCACCAGUCCACUGAUGUCCUCCUCCCAGUGCAAUUUCUCACUUCCUAUUCCAACCUCUGGUUCCUGGGCUGAGCCAUACCCUGGACCCGGCCUGCUCUGCUUGUCUUCCUGGGUCAGGGAGACCUUGGCAUGUGGCAUCCAAAUGGGUAGGCGAGUCACAGCCACCAUAGCAGAUAACUCCUAUUUAUUUUGCAUAAGAUUUUAAUUUGUAUAUUUUUGUGAUUUAUUUUGGCGUUGUUAUGAGUGUGACUCUCGGGGAGUUUUGUUGUUAUGACUCUUGUGUCUUUUGUCACAAAACAAUGAUAAUAUUUGCUAAACAAUAUACGGAAUUUAUUUUUGAUUGGUAAUAAAAAAAUGAAAUACA